AUGAAGAUUUGGUGUGAUGUGUGUGAUAAAGAAGAAGCCUCAGUGUUUUGUUGUGCAGAUGAAGCAGCUCUUUGUAAUGGUUGCGAUCGUAAUGUUCACUUCGCCAAUAAGCUCGCCGGAAAACAUCUCCGUUUCUCUCUUACUUCUCCUAAAUUCAAAGAUGCUCCUCUCUGCGAUAUUUGUGGGGAGCGGCGUGCAUUAUUGUUUUGCCAAGAAGACAGAGCAAUACUAUGCAGAGAGUGUGACAUUCCAAUACAUCAAGCCAAUGAGCAUACUAAGAAACACAACAGGUUCCUCCUUACCGGCAUCAAGCUCUCAGCCUCUCCAUCCACAUACCCUAGAACCUCCAAUUCCGACUCUGCUGCGGCAUUGGGCCGGGCCAAAACUCGACCCAAAUCAGUAUCGGGUGAGGUCCCCUGCUCGGCCUCUAGUGAGGUAUUUGCGAGCUCUCCUUCGACGACUCCAAACAAUUACUAUUAUGGGCUAGAGGAAACAUUUCAGCAAGCUAGCGAUUCGGGUUCUGGAUCGGGUACAGGCAGUAUAUCAGAGUAUUUGAUGGAAACGCUACCGAGCUGGAGAGUGGAGGAUUUGCUUCAAGAUCCUUACUCUGACGGCAACAAUAAUAUUUUUACUAAUAGCAGUAACGAUGGGGUUUACGAUCGUUCUUCUUCUUCACAAUAUCAGCAUCAAGGGUUUUGGGAACAAAAGCCCUUCUCUUGAACCUCUUUGUUUUGUUUUGUUGGUUGGAGUCUUGUCUUGUUGUUUUCUUUGGUUGUUGGGU